AUGGAGCAGUAUCCGCCAACACUUGAUGUGAGGUUUACCAAGGACCAUAUCAUGGAAGUCGUCAAGGAUAAAUACCAACUGAAUGCAUACCUGCUCGGGCAGAUCUUUUCUGUGACUAAAGAUCCCGGAACCCAGCCUGAGAGCUCUGAUUCAGACACAAGUUCUGAGGAGAACUACUCUCUUUUUGAGAGUUCUGAUGAAGACAGUGAUCAAGAAAGAGUUAAUGAGGAGGCAAAGGUCUCAAGGAACACCAAAUCAGAGUCUCUAGAUAGAGAAAGUAGGAAUUAUCAGUAUCAAAGGAGCCAGUACCAGGCUAACAUGAGUGUUACUAGAAGCGCCCUUGCAAAAGAAGCCACUGAGAUUCGAAACAAGGAGAUCGAAUCUCGGGAGCAAUACAAUUGCUCACAGAGAAAGCAGAAUUCUGACUCCCAGAAUGGAAGCUGAGACCAAGACAGAGAUAAAUUAAAGAAAUAUGAAAAGUCUUUGGAUUUAGACUUGAUCAAGCAAAAUUCAGAGCUAAAUGAAGUCUACAAAUAUUACCUGGAACUCAAGAAUGAACUCAAGGAGAAUGAAAAGAAAGAAGAGGCCCAAAUUAAAGACUUUAAAAAGCUUGGAAAAGGCUUUAGACACCUCAUGAAAGAUAUCAAGCAAGGCUCUUCAAAAGACGACCUUGAUUAUAAAGACAUUUACCAAAGAGUAUUAAACCUUGGAAUUUUCCCAGAAGGCAAUCCUGAGUUAAACGACUGGUGCAGAGAGAUGAAUGAUGAGCUUAAGGAAGAACUUGAGCAGCCAUAUUGUUACUCUGAGAGUGAAGAGCUCUGGACUAAAGAGGAAGAAGCAGAGUUGAAAGUCUUGAAGUUAUAA